GUAUAUGGGUUGAAAACUUGAAACUCACCUCAGAUGUUCCAUUUUCAUUUCAUGAGGAUUCAGGGGUUCCGUUUCAUUGUCAUUUCAUGGUUCUUUUUGUUCUUACCUCAAACAUGCCUAUCAAGUGUUCGACAAAAAGCCAAACUGAGCCCCGGAUUCCAAGCGUCCCAAAUGCAAUUCAUAGACAACAAUGGGUUGUUCCUGGUAUCAAACUCAUCCGAUUUCGGGUUCGGGUUUGAUCCCAAUAGUGAUGUAACUUCAUUCACUUUAGUCAUCAUUCAUAUAGCCAGUUCAAGGAUCAUUUGGUCUGCAAAUCGAGACGUCCCCGUUGGUAAUUCGGACAAAUUCGUGUUUGAUAAUGAUGGGAAUGCUUAUUUGCAGGGCAAUGGGAAGGUGGUUUGGUCAACAAACACGGGUAAAAAGGGCGUUUCGGCUAUCGAAUUGCUUGAUUCGGGGAACUUAGUGUUGGUAAACAAUGAUGGUGGUGUUGUUUGGCAGAGUUUUAGCUAUCCUACAAACACACUCAUGCCUGAUCAAGAUUUUAUAAAAGGGAUGAAGCUUGUGAGUAACCGCGAUAACAAUAUGAGUUUUUCGUUACAAUUGAAAACCGGAGACGCCAUUUUGUCAGCCGAGUUUAACAACCCGCAGCCUUAUUGGUCUAUGGGAAAAGACACAAGAAGAAUCAUAAACAAAAGUGGAGGAGAUGCUAAUUCCGCUACAAUUGAAGCUAAUACAUGGCGGUUUUACGAUGAAAACAAAGUCUUUUUAUGGCAAUUUGUGUUUUCGGAUGAAUCGGAUGCUAAUACCACUUGGAUUGCGGUUUUAGAAGAUGAUGGGUUCAUUAAAUUCCAUAAUCUUCAUGCUCAAAACACUGCUACUCGUCGAAUACCGGAUGAUUCUUGCAGCAGACCGCAAGCUUGCUCGCAGUAUUACGUUUGUCACGAUGGGAGCACGUGCCAGUGCCCUUCGGGCCUGGCUCGAUAUAACUGUCAACCGCAAGUUGAGACUUCGUGUAACAAGUCAAAGGAUUCGUCGAGUCUAGUCAAUGCAGGGGAGAAUUUGAGCUAUUUCGCGCUUGGGUUUGUUUUACCGUCUUCGAAGACUGAUCUAGAUGGAUGCAAAUCGUCGUGUUUGAACAACUGCACUUGCUUGGCUAUGUUCUUUGAUAAUGAUUCUGGAAAUUGUUACAUGUUUGAUCAGAUUGGGAGCUUUGAAGACGCGAAAAAUGGUGCGAAUAUCGAAUCAUACAUUAAGGUUUCAGGUACCCAAUCAGACACUUAUGAGGACUCCAAAAACAAGAAUCAGUCGAAGAAAGUGGUGAUUAUCGUGGUCGUAGUAGUAACCGUUGUAGCGUUUGUUAUCCUCGGACUGGUAAUCAUGGGAAUUCGCUAUCGCAACAAGAAGAAGAACAUCGAAUUAAUCGAAGCACCCGAUGAAAUCUCCGAAGAGGACACAUUCCUGGAGAACAUUUCCGGAAUGCCGGUCCGAUUCACCUACAAAGACCUUCAAGAAGCAACGAACGGCUUCACCACAAAGCUAGGCCAAGGCGGGUUCGGUUCGGUCUACCAAGGGGCCCUAAAAGACGGGACUCAGCUUGCAGUCAAACGGCUCGAGGGAAUCGGUCAAGGGAAGAAACAGUUCCGAGCCGAAGUGAGCAUCAUCGGCAGCAUCCAUCACCACCAUUUGGUUAAACUCAAAGGGUUUUGUGCCGAGGGAAAACAUCAUCUCCUUGUUUACGAAUAUCUAGCAAACGGGUCGUUAGACCGUUGGAUUUUUGGCGGGAAGUUGUUGGAUUGGGAUACAAGAUACAAUGUAGCGAUUGGUACGGCUAAAGGACUCGCGUAUCUUCACGAAGAUUGCGAUGUGAAGAUCAUACAUUGUGAUAUAAAGCCGGAAAACGUGUUGUUAGACGAGAACUUCAUUGCGAAAGUAUCCGAUUUCGGGUUAGCUAAGCUUAUGACACGUGAACAAAGCCAUGUGUUCACUACGUUACGUGGGACUCGCGGGUACCUUGCGCCCGAGUGGAUCACAAACUACGCGAUUUCAGAAAAGAGUGAUGUUUAUAGCUACGGGAUGGUCUUGCUUGAGAUCAUUAGUGGCCGAAAAAACUAUAGAUCGGCGGAGACGUCUCAUUUUCCGGCGUAUGCUUUUCGGAUGAUGGAAGAAGGGAAGGUUCAAACACUUUUGGAUGGGAAGAUGAAAGUAGAGGAGAAUGAUGAACGGGCCGUGGUGGCAACACGGGUGGCGUUGUGGUGCAUACAAGAUGAUGUUAAUUCAAGGCCUUCAAUGGCAAAAGUGGUGCAAAUGCUUGAAGGAUUGUGUCCGGUUCCUCAACCGCCAGUGGGUGGUCAAACCGGGUUCUAUUCGAGUUUGUAUAAAUCGUUUAGCGAACUUGGGACUUCAUCGGGGCCUUCGGAUGGUAAUAGUGAUGCUUAUAUAUCGGAUAUGAGACUUUCGGGUCCUAGAUAGUAGAUAGGAUUGUGUACAUGAUUAUAAUCUCAUAAGUUUUAUAAAUAAUGAUAUGAUUUUUAUAAAUUUA